UCACCCAGGCAGCGUCAAAUACAGGGCAGUCGCUAUGUCGGUGUCACACAGCUCCAGGCUGAACAAGCUGGUGCGGGAGCAGUACGUGAGGCUGCCCCAGGACGGGCUGGUGCAGGUCACCUACGUCUGGAUCGACGGCAGCGGGGAGGGGGUGCGCUGCAAGAGCAGGACCCUCGACAAGGAGCCCAAGAGCAUCGAAGAUGUCCCCGAGUGGAACUUCGAUGGCUCCAGCACGGCGCAGGCAGAGGGCUCCAACAGUGACAUGUUCCUGGUGCCUGUCUGCAUGUUCAGGGACCCUUUUUGCCUGGACCCCAACAAGCUGGUGCUGUGUGAAGUGCUCAAGUACAACAGGAAACCUGCAGAGACCAACCUGAGACACACAUGCAAGAAAGUGAUGGACUUGGUGAAGGACAGUCACCCCUGGUUCGGGAUGGAGCAGGAGUACACGCUGCUGGGCAUCAACGGCCACCCCUACGGCUGGCCUGACAACGGCUUCCCCGGCCCCCAGGGCCCCUACUACUGCGGGGUUGGAGCAGAUAAGGUGUAUGGGCGUGACAUCGUGGAGUCCCACUACAAGGCGUGUCUGUAUGCAGGGGUGAAGAUCUGUGGCACCAAUGCAGAGGUGAUGCCCUCCCAGUGGGAAUUCCAGGUGGGCCCAUGUGAAGGCAUCGAGAUGGGGGAUCACCUCUGGAUGGCUCGCUUCAUCCUCCACCGUGUCUGUGAGGACUUUGGGGUUGUGGCUACUCUGGACCCCAAACCCAUGACGGGCAACUGGAACGGCGCUGGGUGUCACACCAACUACAGCACCGAGGAGAUGAGGAGAGAAGGGGGUCUCAAACACAUCGAAGCCGCCAUCGAGAAGCUGAGCAAGCGCCACCAUCACCACAUCUGCGUGUACGACCCCCGGGGCGGGAGGGACAACUCCCGGCGCCUCACGGGUCACCACGAGACCUCCAACAUCUUCGAGUUCUCGGCCGGCGUGGCCAACCGCGGCGCCAGCAUCCGCAUCCCGCGCCAGGUGGGUCAGGACGGCUCCGGCUACUUCGAGGAUCGGCGGCCGGCAGCCAACUGCGACCCCUACGCGGUGACCGAGGCCAUGGUGAGGACCACGGUGCUCGGCGAGACCGGCGUGGACACCAAGGACUACGGCGCCCACUGAGGGGAGGGAGGGCUGGGGUGUGCCUUGUUGCACAGGCUGGGCUGUGGGAGCAUCGCUUCUGCCCUUGUGCUGCUCGCCGUAGCAAUGCCUCUGGGUUUAGAGUGGAAGGGAGGGGACCCAACUGAAUGUCCUCAAGCACAGUUUGGGGUUGUGCUGCUCUGGUUGGAUGUGGGGAGGUUGGUUUGGCUCCUGGGAUGGAGCAGCGUCUCCUCGUGGACUUUGCCCCGGGAUGGAUGUGGAUCGCUGGGAGGCAGCUGCUGCUGUUUGCACCCAGGCAGGGAGGGAGGGAGGGGGCUGCUGCUUUCUCCUUCCUCCAUGUCUCAGUUGCAAGGAAAUGAUAAUAAAUGAUUUUCCUGGCUGCGUGGCAGCUGGGUGAUGCUGCA